UUCAGUGGGCGGACGGAAUGAAAAUAGCCAGCGUGUGAUUUUUUUUAUGCCGCACUGUUUGAAUAUUUUACUGUAAAGGAAUGACGUAUGAAACUGACAGCGCUGUUAUCGUUUUAACGUCCUGGCUUAGGUAACCCGUACUGUUAGCGUCACUGUCUCUGAUAGCCGACCGUGCGCGGAGCGCUGCUCCAGCAGGGUCGCAGCACCGUUAUGAUUAGCUAGCUUAGCUCGCUACGUGUCGUAACGCCAUCCGCUCACGGGCAGCCAGGACUAAACAGACCCUCCUGUUUCAGGUUAGAUAAACCACGUUACACUGAAUUUACACCGAAACCGAUCAGCGCUCUCUCAGCCGGAUCAUGUAACUAAGAGCAGAGUCGUCAGACCUCUUCAGGGACACCAGAGGGAAAGAAACACGGAGAGGUUAGCGUUCAGUUAGUAAUGGAGCCAGUUAGCUGAAGACAGACCGUGAUUAUUAACGUUAUUUAACCCAGCAGGCCGGUGUAUGUAUCUGUGUGUUUUAGUUCACCUUAAGUUGGUCUGUUAGGUAACUUUUAUAGACGCACCAGAACACAAAGAUGAUGUACUCUUCACGGAGAAAACCGGUGCUUUAUUUCAAAGAGGACAGAAGAUUUUUCUCAAGGAAAUGCACAGUCCUGAAGCUUUUUGGCCUCUGCAUGGUGCUUGUCCUGGGGUCACUUCUUUGGCUGCAGCUGAGCUGUCCUGGAGACUUGAGCCAAACCGUACAUGAUGGACUCCCUCCUCACCAGCCCUGUCCUGGGGAGAGACAGACCCUUACUGUCGACGACCCCUCUUGGGGACCACAUAAAAUGGCUGUCAUCAUUCCUUUCAGAGAGCGUUUUGAAGAACUUCUCGUUUUUGUGCCAUACAUGCACGCUUUCCUCAACAAAAAGAAAAUUCGACACAAGAUCCUUGUCAUUAACCAGGUGGAUCAUUUUCGGUUUAACAGAGCUUCUCUUAUUAAUGUCGGCUACAUGGAGAGCGGUAAUGAUACAGACUACAUAGCAAUGCAUGAUGUGGACUUGCUGCCUCAGAAUGAAGCUCUGGACUAUGGAUUCCCUGAGGAAGGACCUUUUCAUGUAGCCUCACCAGAGCUUCAUCCCCUGUAUCACUAUAAGACUUAUGUGGGAGGGAUUCUGCUACUUACGAAGAAACACUAUCAAAUGUGCAAUGGAAUGUCCAAUCGGUUCUGGGGUUGGGGACGAGAAGAUGAUGAGUUCUUCAGAAGACUGAGAACAGCUGAACUGCAGCUUUUUAGGCCAAAGGGAAUAAACACAGGGUACAAAACGUUCAGGCACAUUCACGACCCUGCCUGGAGGAAAAGAGACCAGAAGAGGAUAGCUGCACAAAAGCAGGAACAGUUCAAGAUCGACCCUGAUGGUGGUCUGACCAACCUACGUUACAAAGUGGAGUCUAGGCAGGAGCUGACCAUCAGUGGUGCCCCUUGUACUGUCAUCAGCACCUCCCUGGAAUGUGACCUCAGCCAGACUCCCUGGUGCCAGUUUAGCUAACAUGCCUGAGCUUUGCAUGUAAUGCCUGGGUGAUGCCAAUUCUCUUGCUGUUCUGGGACAUUGCUGGAGCCAGUUUGCUUGAAUCUAACCAGAAAGGGCGGGAGUACUGUAUAAAGAAGGAACUGAGCAUGACCUAAACUGACUCCCUCUCUGAGGUUUUAUUUAUACUGGACAGUAUUACUUUGUUAAGACAGAGCUGAACUGUCUGACCUGUUUCAGGUACUGCACUGAGAUUGUUUCAGUGAUGUUACUAAUAUGAGGUUUUAAAUUGACAUUUUUUAAAGGUGAGUUUCAAAAUGGUGUAGGUGUAGAAUGGCCUUUGUUUUGGACUGUGUCUCUUGUGGUGCAGUAAUGAACAUUUUGUUAUCCUAACUCUUGACUGAUUUAUGUUUCUUUAUGCUGAAUUCAAAAUGAAUGUGUCAGUGAGGACAUUGUCUUGUAUGUAAGAUGGUUUAAGGUACUUUGAGUACAUUUGCACACUAUUCAUAUUUAUAUAAAAUGCUCAAGACCA